AUGGCAAAUUACAGACCUGUAGAAAUAGCUUUCUUAGUACUCUUGCUUGCUUUCACAGCUGCAAAUAUCGGUACUGAAGGAAGAUACUUAAUGAAGAGAUUAGAAGUUUGCAACAACCUCAAUUUAGAUAACUGUACUUAAUAAAAAAGCACCUAUCUCUUUGGUACCUUCAGAAAUUUGACUAUGAAGGUCUUUGUUGAUUGCAUCAACCUCGGUUUCAUCAUAGCUUCUUUCUUUGCAGUCAUUUUUGUCAAAAAGGAAUACGCUCCUAAUGUUUCUCGUGGAUUAUUCGUAAUCGUUCUCGCCCUCUCUUUAAUGAGCUUAGGAUGCGGUAUUUAAUCUAUUGACUAAGAAGAUACUUAUAACGAAUAAACUUUUGGCCCCAAACUAGACUUAUAUUGCUCUGCAGAAGCUUAAUAUCAAAACAGUACUGCUCUUUAUUAAGCCAAACGUGAUUAAUAUAAUUAGGCUUUAUAAAUCCCAGCCAAUAAAUAAUAUAUAAAAGCCUUUUAAUCAGGUGAUAAAGCCAUGUAUAUUGGAGCAAGAGGUUAUAUAGAUUUUGCAGCUAACUAUACUUAGUUUGCAGAUUAAACCACAUUAUAAUAAUCUUAAAGGCUUGUUGCUCUUAUUGACGGAGAAGCUUUAUUAAAAUAAGCUAAGGACUAAUUAGAUGCUGCUUAACCUCAAGUUGAACUUGCUAAAAGAGCCUGUCCUGAAAUCACUGAUUUCAAAAACAUAUAUUAAAGAUACAGAGAUUCAGUAGUUGCAUUAGUUAUAAUUAACUUCGUAUGGGCUUAUAGCAUACUCUUACAUGCCAUCUUCAGAUGGAAUAUUGAAUAAGAUGAUAAUAGAGUUAAGAUUACUGGUACUGCCACUGAUCUUAAACUUUAAGAAUAUAAGUCAAAUGAUCUCUUAAAGGUUCCUAACACAGAUAUUGAAAUGAACGCUUAAAAUGCCAUGUGA